CGACUGGACGGUCAGGGGUCCCUUUACCUUUACCUAUAUAUCAUAAUGAAAGUGAAUGCACUCCUAUAAGCAGACAGUGGAUCCUUAGAAAUACUUCUGCUUCCCUCCCUCCCCCAAGUACCGUAUGUAUCCCCAUUUAGCUAACUUCAGCUAUACUUCUCACCCUUCUCUGCCUCUGUAAAUUCAGAGUUGUCACCCCUUUUGCAGGACAUCUGCCUCCCCGAAUACAACUUUCUCAUAAAAGGGACCACCCUCAUUCUCUGAUGAAGCUUAGUGUUGCUUUGUCAAAGGUGCUGGCCAAUCAUUCACAGUGAUGCAACUCACAGCAAUAAAAAUAAAUAAUUUUAAACAUUGCAAAAGGUUACCACCAGAGAAAAAUACUUAUCUCCAGUACUGCUCUUGGUUGCUUUAAAGGUGCAUCAAAACUAGAUUUGUGCUUACCUUUUACUGUUAUUGUAAGAUCUUAUGUCAGUGUCAACAGGAAGAAAACACUGUGCAACUGCAGCUUCUAAGCCAGUCAGGUAUUGUAGCCAGUAAAAAAAAAACAAAAUCUCUGCUUGAAAUUCAUGUGAAACACGUACUGCAAGACAAAGCUUCUGACAAUUUGUGCAGUGGUUCUGUAGUCCAAAGAAUCCAGAGAGAAUUAAAGUCUAGACUCAGUCAUUUUUCAAGCUUGGGGGUGGGGAAUAAACAACAGAUCAGAUAUGUCCAUUGUGGACCAGAGAAAGCAUUGAAUCAAGGAUGCUCUUGCUAGUUUGUGUAUUGGGAAGAAGCCUGUAAUAACAGCAGCAGCAGCCACGGCAGCACGAAGAAAUCAAACACAAAAAGGGUAUUUCACUAGUCACAAAAAUAAGAUUCUUCUAUUUGAGAUUAUUUUUUAAGUUCAGAACAGGUAAUAUAAAUUCUUCAAGUAGGAAAUAAUUCAUCUCAGUAGAGAUGCAUAAUAGUAGCAUAGGGAUGAGAACACAGACAUUUGGUAAUUAUAUAUUCAGCUGAAACAGAAGGGAUUGAUUUACUUAAAGGAAAAACACACACACACAAUUUCAUCAGUCGCAAGGGCACUUUUAACAACAUUGCUUGGCUGGAUGAUUUUUCUACCUGUUCUCUUUUUCUGGGGCUGGAGAGUAAAGAGGAAUGGACAGUGUCUCAGAGGAAAUGACAAGACAGUCUGAAGCUUGGUGAGACCAUAUACUGAGUGUUUUCUGCUGUCCUCUUCAUGCAGUGCUGUGGGUUGGCACACCGGCGUCGAGUACGGGUUUCGUAUGUAAGUUUCUGAUUGUUCUGGAAUGGUGAUGAUUGUGGAGGUGAACAUAGUAUAUUUGAUAGUGCAGUUUACUUUGUGCAUAUGCUUUAUGAGAUGUUUGUUGGAUGAAAGACUAAUGAGCAAUGGUUUUCUUGCACAGAGCUUAAGAACAGUUCUAACAGGUAUUUUUUAAAAAAAAAUGAAUGAAAGAAAGAAAGAAAGAAAGAAAGAAAGAAAGAAAGAAAGAAAGAAAGAAAGAGAAAAGCAGUAAUUCAUAAGGAGCAACACGGAAAAAAUACCGGAAGCAACUUGUAGCAAAUAACUGACCUUUCUGAGAUAUUCCAUUGACAAAAAUGAUAGACUUAAAAAAAAUACAUUUGUAUGGCAGUUAGGGGUGUAUUUUUUCCAAGUAUGUAACAAAUAUACUAAAUUCAUUACAAGCCUUAAGUGUCAACUAUAGACAUGCAUAGCAGCUACCACCAGCUGCUUGGUGUGGGAAAUUCUUCCCUUUCCCCCCCAUUUUAUCUCAAUGUAAACAUCAGCAUGGUGGCAAAAGUAUGGCAUAAAUGUUAAUCAGUUUCUGGUGUUUUCUAGAGCAUAGUAUGUAAGUCCUGAUUGUUUUUUGAUACCUGUAUUGGAAAAAGGCUGUUUGAGUGUUAGCUCUUGCUGUGAAAUUUAGCAAUAAAAUUGAUAUAUUAGAAGAAAUAGAAGGACUGGAUGUUAAUUGAAAUGUGCUGAAGAUGCACUUAGCUGAUGUAAUAAGUCUCCUAAGUGAUGCAUUAUGCUUUAGCAGUUCUUUUCUGCUUUACUGUGCAGAUGUUACAGGAAGCAGAAGGCUUAUAGGAUGUGGCCAAGCUUAUAGAGUUGAAUUGCUUAAAGUAGCAAUUGGCCUAUAAUGGUUGGGGAGGGGGUGCAUUGUUGUGAUGCAGCGUGUUUCUCUGUGACAUAAAGUGGAUGUGUGUUUCUAUUUUGAUUUAACGUUGUAGGGCAAACAAAGCCCAAUACAGCUAAGAAGGGUUUUCUGUAGCUUCUUUUAAUUUUAUUUUCACUUCUCAUUUUCUUGGUGAUGCAACAGUUGACAUAAUGAAUUGCUUUACUAAUGGAAUAGCACACACUGCAAUCCUAUAAUGCUGGCACUCUGUAUUCUUUAGAAUGUGAGUAAGCAACAGAAAAUAUAUGAUACAGUUGGAACACAAGAGUCAUACUACUGGGUAAAAAAAAGUCAAUAAUUUUGAUGUAUACAAGGUAAAUAUUGUGGCAUCAAUUUUCAUUUAUUAGUAGCAAAUGUAAGGCCCACAUACUGUAUAUUUGUGAACAAUCUAAAACGGCACAUGCAUACUUGAGAAUAAGAAAUUCAUUGCUUUCAUAACUAUGUGUUCUACUAAUUAAGUUUUAGUUUUUUAGCGUUUAAUGUUUAACACAUAAUUGUUAGUUUCUCAUGGAAGCUGUUUCUGGAGAUCUAUCAAGCAAGACAUAGGUCAAUACUCAGGCAGCUGGCUGAAACUGAGAUGCUUAUCUCAUAGGAAACAGAUUUCAGAAUUUCACCGAAAGUUGCAUUCCACACACUUUUUCAGAGCUAAAUAGGAUCAGACUUGAUGUUGGCAAUGGGAAAGUCUAAGGAUGAGUUGAGACAGCUGCUCUUAUGGGCACUGAUAACCACCUGGGUUGCAGUCUUGGAAUUUAUCUUGGCACUUGCAAAGAGUCAUCUAUCUCAUGAAGCACUAUGAAGCUUUCAUUUCUGAAGUUCCUACCUGAAUCUGAGCUUCAUGUUUCUCAGUUGUAUAUUCAUAAUAAUUGGCCCCUAAGUCAAGAUAAUUUUUCAUAUGUUUUGAAUUCAUUUCAUAAAUCUUACUCCAUUACCUCCGCCCCCCCCCAAAAGAAUACUAGAAAAAGAAUAUACUAGCCAGCUUGUAUAUUCUCUAUAGGCCUGCCAUAUAUCUGGUGAAUGAGAAACUGUCACAACUUUCUUUGGGUUGGGAUCCUAGGGAACAAGUAGACUCCCGAGCACUCAUAUUUUGAAUGAUGAGACCAGGAUCAAUUAAGGUGAGUCAGUAAGUCCAGCCUUACAUAAUCUGAGGCAGGACAUCUGAGGUGCUGACAGGAUGAAUCCUGGAGCAUUCCUCUGAGUCAGACAUUGCCUCAGCAGCAUGUUGAUGCCUACUGAUGCCUUAUAAAAGUUAGCUUACCUGAUCGUUCAGUCCAGACACUGAGGUCCAGUUCCAAGGACCUUCUGGUGGUUCCCUCAUUGCAAGAAGUGAGGUUACAGGGAACUAGGCUGAGGGCCUUCUUGGUAGUGGCAUCAACCCUGUGGAAUGACCUCCCAUGAGAUGUCAAAGAGAUAAAGAAUUGUAGAACUUUCCAUAGACAUCUGAAGGCAACCCUGUAUAGGGAAACUUUUAAUGUCUGAUGUUUUGUUGUGUUUUAUGUAUUCUAUUGGAAGCCACUCAGAAUGGCUGCAGCAGCCCAGUCAGAUGGGCAGGGUACAAGUAAUAAAUAAAUAUAUUAUUAUUAUUAUUAUUAUCUCCUGCUGAUUCUUUCCCUUCUCAAGGUAUCUGUUUUUAAAUGAGUGUUGCCCUGUCCUGGAGCUGGUUGCUCUUAUGAUAGAGAGGAUGAAGGCUUCCAAGGAAGGGUGUUUUGGUGUCAGAGUUGUUGGGCAAGGUCAUAUCCUCUGGUCUGGAGUGUCUAGGAAUUUUGGGGUAUGUGGGUGGGUGCUGGAUUCCCAGGCCCUGACUCAUCUUCCGCCAAGACUCCUCUAAACUGGGCUGAUUGUUGCUUAAGUACUUAAAGGAAUUGUUUUUCCCCUAGUGUGCAGCCAGAAGCCUUUCAGAUUACAACAUUUGUUUAGAGGGUGCUCCCCACAUAAGUGGGCAGCUGCGUGUAAUGAAGAAGGUAUCUGUCACAUGGAAGAUGGAACAAGUUUGUUUUCUCCUGCUCCGGAGGGUAGGACCUUAACCAAUGGCUUCAAGUUACAAGAGAGGAGAUUCUGACUAAGCAUCACGAAGAACUUUUUGACAGGAAGAGCUGUUUGACAGUGGAAUGGACAUCCUCAAAAGAUGGUGGACUCUUCUUCCUUGGAGGUUUUAAAGCAGAAAUUGGAUGACUAUCUGUCAUGAAUGCUUUUCUUUAGAUUCCUACAUUGCAGGGGGUUGGACUGAACCUUGGGUUGUCUUCUAACUUUACAAUUCUGUUUUUCCCCUGUGUGUCACCUGAUGGAUGCUCCAGAGAUCAGCAAAAAGUUUCUGUUCCAGAGACAUGUUGAAAACCAGUCUGAAAGAGAUCAACAAUUAGUUUCAUCCAAGAAAAUUUCUAACUAGAUUGCCAUAACAAGGCAAUGUCUUAGGAAUGGAAUGUUAGAAACAAGGCAGUGAUUAUUUAUUUUACUUUUUUAAAAUAUUUUUAUUAGGAUAUUCUAUUGGAGGCAGUGAUUAUUUAAAUCAGAUGGUUGUGUAGCUAACUUUUCAAGAAAAGAUUACACUAAUGUUUCCUUUAGAACAAGACCCGCUUUCAAAGAGGCAUUAAUAUUCUAUUGUCCAGAUAGAUAGCCCUGACCUGACCUUUUUAAGCAGCCAGGAUGGCAAGAGUUGAGUGUGUAUGUGGUCUCCUUGCUUCUUCAAAUAUUCUUUUCCUAUCCCCAGGCUAAACAACCUGAAGGGUAUUCAUAGAAACCUGAGCUUGAGGGUACAUGAUAGAAGCUCCCAAGUUGAUGUACGGGAGUCUGAUUGGAAUGGAUACAAACGUUUUUGUCACCAAAGUGUUUCAGAAAUUGGUUGUAACAAGUUUCUGAAUACUCCUCUCUCUCUCUCUCUCUCUCCCUCUCUCUGGACUCAGCUGUAAAAGGCCCCUCACUACUGCAAACAACUGCUGGCUCAUGCAAAAGUGGUAGAAAAGUUAGGAUUCUUUCCUGGUGGACAUUGGUACGGUACAGAUGUUGAGAAUCUCUCAGGAUCACCAUUCUGGGGAGUAAAUGGUGUGCAAUAAAUAUUUAUCUUGCCCCGGACACGCAACACCAAGUAUAUACACUUGACAGAGUACCUGGUGGACAGAAAGUGAGAUGGAAUCCUGAUAGGAAUUACCCCCUUUCUAUCAUAUUUUACAAACUACUAUAACAUUAUUUAGAAACCCAGAUCAAGUUUAAUGUCUGCUUUUUUGGAGGCUUGAAAAAGAUAUUGGGUUAUAUAUUGAAUGAAGGUGAGUCGUAUCAGCCUUAAUCCAAUUUUGGACUGGAGAUAUUCAAGGAAAAUCAAGGGUACUGGCAACUAUGAAAUUGAUGAUACGCAAUUCUUUCCUCUGACUCAGUGUUAAAACAGUGCUCCAUUGUGCCUUGAUCAUCUGGGUAUAUGGCACUCCUUGUACUAUUACAUUAAGAUAUUGUGCUUGCCAAAAUACUACUUUGGUGAUUAUAUUCUUUCUGUGUAUUUUGUACUGUUCUUUUUUAUUUCUGUGAAUUUGAUGAGUUGAAUUACUUAUGUAAACCCAACUAAACUGAAUUGUAGAGUGGAAUGCACAGCUUUCUGCCUAAGUUUUUAUGUCCCAUAAUAGUCCAGUAUCAUUGUUCAAGGCUUGGUAAUUGAUUUGUGUCCUGAUUGUUAAUGUAUAAGGUUGCAGUUAAAGGACAUGUGUGCAUAUUCAAAAACUAGAAGAGAAAGCAAAUAUAAACUUAUUGUCACAAUCCAUAGACUCUUUAAAAGCCAACCAGUCCUCACUGCCCACUGGACAAUAUGAAUACAAAUAGUGAUGAGAAAUAUAACACCUCAAAACAAAGGAUUCCUCCCCACCCCACCCUGGAAAGUAAGGCUGCUAUUCUGAGCAUGUUUACUUGGGAAUAAGUCCUAUUGGACUUAGUGGAGCUUACUUAAGAGUAUACAUGCAGAAAAUGUAACUGCUGGAAGCGAAAGCUAACAAAUAUUGAGUUCAUUUGGAUAUUAUAAAGAGACUCUAGGGCACUUUUCAAACAAAACCAUUAUCUUAAUUUAAUACUUUUUCAUAUUGAUGAAACUGUAUAAUUUAAGCAGCACUAAGAAAACUGGUAUUGCUUUUUACCAGUAGAAGAGUAUGAAAGCUGUUCAGAAUUCCACUUUGAGAAUUCCACAUUGGAUAAGGAACCCACAAUGAAUGUAUUUGGAUAAUAUAAAUAUAGUCCAAACUUUUCAUAAUAGCACACUGAGCAAAUGUGUGAAUGACAAGUCAUAAAAUGCAACCAGCAACCAUGUAUUCUGGCCUGCCCCUGGUGGAUUGUCUUGUAUGAGUAAUGAUCUGCUAUCUGUAUUCAGUUUUGUGGUUCAGAAGUUGUGUAGGCCUGUAACUGUUCCUUUUUUGCUUGACAUAAACUCAAAUCCUGAGAGAAUUUCCCCCCUCAAAAGAUUCUGGUUUAAAUUCAACAUCUUGCCAUGAUGCAAGUUCCAUCUGCACCAGCAUAAAAGCUCUCGGGAAAGAACAAUCCUCCCUCUCCUUCCCCCUGAUCCCCCUUGAGCCAAUUUGGGGAUGGGGGUUGUGGCGUUUCACCUCUAGGGGACCAGCAAGAGUUAAGUUGCAUGGGAGGUGAAUAGCCAAUAGGAGCUCUCCAGGCAGAAGCAGGGGGAUAUAAAGAGAAGCAGUCAGUCAGAAGGGGGAAGGAGAUAAACAAGAAGGGAGUAGUUGAUGAGUGAGGUGGAGAGGAUUCGAGACAGAGAGAGGGUUAGAGAAGCUAGUGAGGUGAGCUGUGGUGUUGAAUCUGAGAGAGUAAUAAGAAAGGAACUUCAGUCAGGGAGGAAAAGGGAGGGAACUUAGUACUAAAGGUUAAGCUUAAGCAAAAGUACCUGAGAAACUGUGAAGAAUUUAUAUGCUUGUAAGAUCAUCACCUAAAUAAACUUAAUUGUUUGGUUUACCUUUCCCCUGACUAGAAUCCAAUACAGUGGUGCCUCGCUAGACGAAUGCCCUGUAAAACUAAUUUUUCUCUUAACGAAUAGGUUUUGCGAUCGGAGGUUGCCUCGCAAGACGGCGAGGUUUUCAUUAAAACCUCUGAUCACAAAACCUACAUUGUCUAGCGAAAGGGACAUUUGUCUAGCGAAAGGGAAACCAGCUGUAGCAAGGGAACCUGCAGCUGGUUCCCCUUUGUGUUCCGCUGGUCUCUGCCGGUUGCCGCGAACAGUGAGGGACAACCGGCAGAGACCAGCAGAACACUAGCAUGGGAAGAAGGCAAAGGUUCCCCCCCGCCGCCGCCACCUGUCCGAUCCAGGCGGGAGGCAGCGGCAAGGAGAAGAGCUUCUCCCGGCUGCCGCCUCACCGCGCACAGCCGGCAUCAGACGGGGCUUCGGAGACCUUCUCCGAAGCCCUGUCCCAUGCCGUUGCCAGUCCCCCGGAGCCCAUAGGAAAGCAUUGAUUAAUUUUCAAUGCAUUCCUAUGGGGAACCAGGACUUGCUAGCCGAAAAAUUUGUUACACGAAUUGACCUGUGGAACAAAUUAAAUUUGUCUAGCGAGGCACCACUGUAUAUGUGUACCAGUACACAGACUUACUGGUUGGUGGCAGCAAGGAAGAAUAUAGGCGAGGGAGGUACUGGGUCAAUAGACCAUGAAACGUCUGGGGGCCUUUACCGGGUAACCUCGCCACAGGGGUGGAGGGAAGAGAUGAGGGGUAAAGCUCCAUUGCACAAACUGGUGUCUGCACAGGGCUUCCACUAACAAGGUUUGUUAGGUGAGCCCCUCCUUUCCUCAACAUCUUUACUCAGAUAACAAGGCUCUACACCUUUGGGAUUUUUUAAAAUUUGUAAAAGCUUUUGUGUGUACUUUGGCAAAUGUAAUAAAUCAACCUAUGUGGCAUAUAUAUUUUUUUCCCCUGGAAUACUAUUUACUGCUGCCAAUACACCUUGUGUAAAGUUUCUGUGAGACACCUUUCUGUAUAGUUUUAUGGAGGUCACCAUUCGUUUGAAAGGCUGAUUAAUUCAACAGAGAUUUUGCAUGGACCAGAGAGACAGAAUGGGGAUGUUGUUAAUGUGCCACCCACCUUGCUGCACUCAUACCAAUGACAAACUUAGUUGGUCUCUAAGGUGCUACUGGAAGGAAUUUUUAUUUUAUUUUGUUUGAGCUAAAAGAGUCUCUCAUAUAGUGUCAGAGACCACCUUCAUGAUAGUUUUGGGGGACUUCAUUAUCCUUAAUGCAUUAAUUGACUGGCUCAGGACUUCAUGACCUCCAUGAUAGCCAUAGGGCUGUCUCAGUACAUUGAUGGUCUGAAAAAUUUGGCUUGACAUAACCCUGACUUGGUCCUUGCUACUAAACAAAUUGGCAAUAUUACCGGUAUGUUGCUUGUUGGGGCUUGUGAGUCCAUUGUUAUGGAUAGGAUUGCACUCCCCUGGAAAGAGCAGGUUCGUGGCUUGGUUCUUGUAUCCAGCAUUGUCACUGGAGCUCAGGUGUCCUCAGUGCCUAGGAGUACCAAGUUCUGGCUCUGGCUGGCUCACCAGCUAUGGCUCUUUUAGAACAUGUAAAUUGGCUGCUGUACUCUAGCUCUGCUAAUUUCUAGAGUGGUUUACUGCAGUGCAGUUCAUGUGGGGCUGCCCUUGAAAACUACUUGGAAACUUCAACUGGCCCCAAAUACGGAAGCCAGAUUACUGGCUGGGGUUCCAUUUAGAAUUCAUAUAACUUCUGCUUAUUAAAAAGGAAGGUGCAUUGUGUUGUCAGUUCCUUUCUGGGCCCAAUUAAGGGUGCUUAGUGUUUAAAGUUUUAAAUGACUUAGGUCAUUAAUGUAACUGACUUGUAGAAAGGAGUCUGUGAAAUGAAAAGAAGUAAUAUGUGCCUUUGUUAUCCAUGAAAAUCUUUCAAUAAAAACAUUUUUUUUAAAAAAAACCUGCCUCCAUUCCUACAGAUCCUCUUUGAUAUUAAUUUCAACAGAACUCUUCGGUAGCUCCACCAGCUUCAAAAGUUCAGGGUUUGGUAGCAUGGGAGAGCACAUUCUCUGUGGAAACCCUCAGCUACAGAAUUAUCUGAUAUCUUCCUUACGUAGUUUCUAUCAUAUGCCAGACUUGCCAAAUCACAUACAGAUUGGCCCAGGAACUCUUCUGCUGAGCACAAGUUUGAGCUGUCAGUCAGAGCACAGGUCUCCUGCUGACCUAUUCCCUCUCCAUCCUGGCAUCUUCCUUAAGCUUAGAUUUGCUCUUGCAAAGCUGCCUCUUCUUCCUCCCCCAAAGCCCUGGAACUGGAGAGUGCUGGUAAAAUCAUUCCCCUUGAUUACAAGCUGGAGCUGUCAGUCUUCCUCCCUACUCCUGGAGUUUGUUUGUUAAUAUUUUCUUACAUAUAUAAAUGUAUAUUUUCUUCAAUAACACCUUAUGUUCUAGAACCCAGGUCAGUAGAUACUAAAGUUUGGAUUUUCCACCCACCACAUCCUGAUAUUGACAGUUAAAUGUAGACAUGGUUUUUCACAGAUACUUGUCCUCAACUUUUUUAGAAUGUCUGAAUUGCUGAGUCACGUGAAGUGCUUCAAGGGUCUCAGCUUUGACUUGUGCCCAUAUUGUAAAAAGCCCACCUUGCCUCAUAGGUACCCCAGACCCCUCCCAAGCAAUCACCUUGGCUUGUUAUUCAGGAUUACUAUGAAUCUUUUGCACACCUGUGUCUUCUUUGUUUUCUAACAAUGAUCUUAUUUUAUAUAUUGCAUUUUCUCUGCACAGAGUGAAAUCUGCAGGUUUUUAUGAUCCUGACACAUGCAUGUACUGUAGUGGUUAGGAACUUUUUUUUUAUUUUUGCAAGCCAGUCACUUUUUACGUAACUUUUUUUAAAACCAGUUAGUCAGAAAAUUAGCUAUCUAAUGUAAUGUUUUGUCCAGAACCAUUAAGAUGUGGCGUUCGUUUCUUAGCUGCUCUCUCGCCUAGGUUUUAAACUGUUGAGGUUAUAAAGAUGCCUGAGAACAAACAUCAACAACAAUUUUGCAGUUAACUUCCUGUAAACAGAGAUUGAUAAUUGUCUUGCUACCUUCUGAAAUGGGGGUGUAUCAUAUGGAAACAUAUGUGGUUCCAACUGGAGUCAAAAUGAUCCCAAAAGCAGAAAUAUCAGAUACUGCUCAACGUGGAAACAGCUACAAUGCAAAAAGCAAAGAACAACAAACCAUGGUUUUUCUGGGCCAUAGUGAAAAUUCAGAUUUGCAAAAGGGUUUGAAUGACUGUGGGGUACUAUUGACUCAUAAAACCAUUGGCUGGGGUAAUAAACAUACCCUAAGGGCAAAAUCCAAUUCAUUUCUGGGACACUUUGUCAUGCGUGGGUUUUUUUGUUUCCAGAAGGAAAAUCAUACCCAAGCUGAAAUUUGGAGAAAUUGUACAGGUGACAAUUUAGGGCAAUGUCCUAGAAAUAACCCCCUGUAGGUCUGCUUAUAAACUGUACAAUUAAAAGUGCACAAUUAAAAAUGCAGCUGUGGUAAAUGUCUUCCCCCACAAAAUUAGAUGAGAGUUAAAUUUGACUACUGUCUUUGCCUUUGUUGUGUAUCCCAUGUUUGUGAUUAUUUAAUUUGUUUUACUACUUACUUUCUGUAGGACAUUCUUCCAAAUAAACACCAGUGACACUGUGAUAGGUAUUUCCUUUAAGCAUCAUACCUAAAUUGUACAUAUGACAUACACAGGAAUUAUACUACACACAUUGUUUCAUUACAUUCUAUAGCCAUGUUCACUUGCUUCCCAUUGAAGUAAAUGAGAAACUAGAAUUAGUUUCAUAGUUUGGCAGCUUUAGAACUGUUUUAUGCUGAAAUUGUUGUUACUGUGUAUUUUAUUUGGCUUAGUAAUAUAAUGUUCAGAACCUUUAACUAGAGAGUAAUAUUUUUCAAAGAAUGCAUACUAAAGUAUAUAGUCCUAAUCAUUUACAAACUAGUAAAUAAUCACUUCAAUCUCCCAGUGUUCUCAGGGAGAUAAUGUUUUAAAAUCGUGUACUCAAAGCCCUUAGAGAAUAUUAGUGACAAAUUGUGAAACAUUUAAAUUCUGCAGUGUUGAUUUUCAAUGCUUCCUUGUAAAUUUUCAGAAGCUUUGCUGAAGUGUUCCAACUAGAAGACAAUUCAGAUCUAUUUUUGUCUUUCUCUUUAAAAGAAACCACACAAAUCUAGCUUACCCAUAACUCUGAAAAUGGAUUGUUCCAAAUGCAGUAAUGUUGUGAGGUGAAGCAUAAAUGGUUUUCAAAUGGUACUGGCCUGUUUGCUGAGUGAGAAGGCAGAGGUCUUCUUGUAUAAUCCGAUUUCAAUCAGCUCACGCUAAUCACUACUGAUAGUUGCAAAAUUUAGCCUAGAUCCGCUUUGGUAAUCUAGAUUGACAAGAGGUAAAAGUAAAGGGACAGAAGGACAGAGAUACAAAAGGAAAGAAACAGGGAGUCUGAUCUUUCAGUUUUUGUUCUCCCUUCUAGGGCUUCUCUUUAAACAAAUGCUGAUUGGUUGUUAGGUUACCAGUCUUUUCACAGUGGAGAUACAUCAACAACAGGUGCACUAUGAGGCUGUGAAUCAGCAGCAGCCGCAGCCGCCGCUGGGUAGGGAGAAUGCGCAGAAGGUAGCAACAGGUAUAUACAGUGUACCUGCUUCUAUACAUUAUUUAUGGAAACACAUCUUAAUUCUUUUUAUAUGUCAGUAGAUUCCUGGAGUUCAGAAAUAUUCAAGCAUAGCAAAUCUUAAUCAAUGCUACCGGAAACCAAACUCUUCAAGGUCUUCUGAAGGCUACUUGAUCUCAGUCUCAGUAUUUAUUUCUUAAUUCUCGGGUAAGCUCUAGCCUCAAAGCUUUUAUUAAUCGGGUGAAGCAUUUUUAGAGCUAAAGGAGGACAACUGCACUUCAAUAUUGCAUGCUUUUGAUUUUGAUUUUUUGACCAGACCGUCAACUUUUUGUAUAUACAUUUUUCAUUUUUUCUUUAUUUCUGGCUGGAUGAAAUACUAAGGAGAAAAAUGGCUUUUUUAAUUGUUUCCUUGCAUAAUGCUUGCUGCGCCUAUAUCGUCUUGGCUAAGGGACUUUAUACAUUUGGGUAACAGAGAGACUUGGACUACCCCUCCAUCAGAUUUCACAUGCUGGUGGGACUGUUGUUGGCCAUCUCAGCACUGCAUGUUGCCAUGCUAAAGACACCCAAGGGUAAAAAUGUGUCCUGGGGUUCGGCGGACUCCUACACUAGCCGUCCAUCUGAUUCAGAUGUAUCUCUUGAGGAAGACAGAGAGGCAGUGCGGAGAGAGGCAGAGCGACAGGCCCAGACACAGCUGGAAAAGGCAAAGGCAAAACCUGUUGCAUUUGCAGUCCGGACAAAUGUUAGCUACAGUGCAGCCCAUGAGGAUGAUGUACCAGUCCCAGGCAUGGCCAUCUCAUUUGAAGCGAAAGAUUUUCUUCAUGUUAAAGAAAAAUUUAACAACGACUGGUGGAUAGGACGAUUGGUAAAAGAAGGCUGUGAAAUAGGAUUCAUACCAAGUCCAGUCAAAUUAGAAAAUAUGAGGCUGCAGCAUGAACAAAAGGCUAAACAAGGGAAAUUUUACUCCAGUAAAUCAGGAGGAAAUUCAUCAUCCAGUUUGGGUGACGUAGUACCUAGUUCCAGAAAGUCUACACCUCCAUCAUCUGCUAUAGACAUAGAUGCCACUGGUUUAGAUGCAGAAGAAAUUGAUAUUCCAGCAAACCAUCGCUCCCCCAAACCCAGUGCAAACAGUGUCACAUCACCCCACUCCAAAGAGAAAAGAAUGCCCUUCUUUAAGAAGACAGAACACAUCCCUCCGUAUGAUGUAGUGCCUUCUAUGCGACCAGUAGUCUUAGUGGGGCCUUCCUUAAAGGGAUAUGAGGUGACAGACAUGAUGCAAAAAGCAUUAUUUGAUUUUUUAAAACAUAGAUUUGAAGGGCGUAUAUCAAUCACACGGGUCACAGCAGACAUCUCGCUUGCCAAACGCUCAGUAUUAAACAAUCCCAGCAAGCAUGCGAUAAUAGAACGGUCCAAUACAAGGUCAAGUUUAGCUGAAGUUCAGAGUGAAAUUGAACGAAUAUUUGAAUUAGCAAGGACGUUACAGCUGGUAGUACUUGAUGCCGAUACUAUUAAUCAUCCAGCUCAACUUGGUAAAACUUCUCUGGCUCCCAUUAUAGUGUAUGUAAAGAUUACUUCUCCAAAGGUUUUACAAAGGUUGAUAAAAUCCCGAGGCAAAUCUCAGGCGAAGCACCUUAAUGUUCAAAUGGUAGCAGCUGAUAAACUGGCUCAGUGCCCUCCAGAAAUGUUUGAUGUGAUUCUGGACGAGAAUCAGCUUGAAGAUGCUUGCGAGCACCUGGCUGACUAUUUGGAAGCUUAUUGGAAGUCCACACACCCUGCUAGCAGCCACCCUCCUAAUGAGCUUCUCACUCGCACACUGGCAACCGCCACUCUUCCUAUCAACCCAGGCCCAAAUGUUAAUUUGCAGGGCUCUCAAGGAGACCAGAGGAAUGAACAAUCAGCCCCUGAACGAACUGGUUCCCAAGCUGAAGAAGAAGCACGGGCCGAACCAACCAGGAAAUCCCAACACCGCUCUUCCACUUCAGGCCAUAACCAUCGUAGUGGAACUAGUCGUGGCCUGACUAGACAAGAAACUUUUGACUUGGAAACACAAGACAGCAAAGAUUCAGCAUACGUAGAGCCAAAGGAGGAUUAUCCUCAUGAACACUAUGAUUCUCAUCGAGAUCACAGUCACAGGGAUGAGUCCCAUGGGAGCAGUGAUCACAGACACCGAGAAUCAAGGCUCCGCUCAAAGGAAAAGGACCGAGAGCAGGACCAUAACGAAGGCAACAAGCAGCGUAGCCGUCAUAAAUCAAGGGACCAGUAUUGUGACAGGGAUGGGGAAGUGAUAUCUAAAAAACGCAAUGAUACAGCAGAAUGGAAGCGAGAGGUGUACAGUCACCAAUAACGUUUGGCAGUUUUGUGUUUCUUUUGAAGUUGUGUAUGACAAAGCCCCCCCCCCUUUUUUAAAAAGAACAAAUCUGGGUUUUCAUUGCAGAACAUGUUGUAUCCUGUAUGCUGCUUUUUUUAAAAAAAAAAUUUGCUGUUGCUAUCACAGCAAUAGCAUGAAAUAGAAUAUUCAUUUUAAUUAGUGCUAUAAC